UUCCGUUCAUCCGGUUCAGUCACACCGCAUCACUCCGGUGAGCGUAAUCGUUCUCCUCUUUGCGUUUUUAACUCGGCUGCUGUUCUUCCUUCAUCUUUACUCUCACUUUUUCGGCUUUUGUCACUUGUUAUUAAUACACACGCGCACGCAAUAAAGAACAGUGUUUUUAAUUCCUUUUUUUUUUAUUAUUUCUUAUAUUUCCUCGCCUAUCGGAUCAUUUUAACGUAAAAAAAGAUCUUUUCGAUUUGACGUUUUAAAUUCUUUCUCUCUCGCUCUCUCUCUCUCUCUUUUUAUCUAUCUAUCUAUCUCGUUCCUACGAUAAUUUUGACAUUGCCGUUUAUAUCAUUGAUUUGAGUUUGUGCGUGUCAAACUGACGUUAGAAGUGUGACCUGAAAAGUAUAUAGAAAAAUUCAACCAGCAAGAACAUUCGUCCCAACUCUAAAGAAGAAAAUAAAGGAACGAUCAUGAAUGGACUAUCUAAACAAUGUAUCACCGAUGAGAAGUCGAUUAAAUUGAAGAAACCCCAUCCACUGAGGUCCAUUUCUUGGAAUAAAAAUAUCGAGGAAGGAGAUUUAGAUGUUCCUGGAACGCCAAGAACACCUCGAACCUCGACAACGCCAGGUCACGAAAACUGUACCUUUCAUCAUGAUUUAGAAUUGGAUCAUAGACCACCUACGCGGGAAGCUUUGCUACCAGAAAUGUCAAGGAGUUACAAAUUACUUCUAAGUUCACUUGGCGAGGAUCCUGAUCGGCAAGGACUUUUAAAGACACCGGAAAGAGCAGCCAAGGCGAUGCUCUUUUUUACCAAAGGAUAUGAUCAGUCUCUCGAUGAUGUCAUUAAUGAUGCCGUAUUUGACGAAGAUCACGACGAGAUGGUGGUAGUCAAGGAUAUAGAAAUGUUCUCUAUGUGUGAACACCAUUUGGUACCCUUCUAUGGAAAAGUAUCCAUCGGUUAUCUACCCUGUAAGAAGAUCCUUGGUCUCAGCAAAUUAGCGAGAAUCGUAGAGAUCUUCAGCAGGCGUCUUCAAGUUCAGGAACGUUUAACAAAACAAAUUGCAAUAGCAGUUACGAAAGCUGUGGAACCCGCGGGAGUGGCCGUUGUGAUCGAAGGAGUACAUAUGUGUAUGGUAAUGAGAGGAGUACAGAAAAUCAAUAGCAAGACCGUUACUUCAACGAUGCUCGGCGUUUUCCGUGACGAUCCAAAGACUCGCGAGGAAUUCCUCAACCUUGUCCAUUGCAAAUAAACGAUAAUAUCUUUAGGGAAUUCUUAUUCGGCGUUUCUUCAUCAUCAUUUAUAUAUAUAUACAUAUAUAUAUAUAUAUAUAUCGGUCUUUCUAUUUUUGUGUGAUGUCGUAGUAUUUUUUUUUUAUUUUCUUUUUAAUAUCUUCUUUGCUAAUCUUAAACUCUCCUUCCGAAGUUUCUUCAGGAUAUUCAAUUGAAACGUUUGCGAAUAAUGAUCUAUAUAAAGAUCUAUAUAUAACUAGAUCUUCCAAACUGAAAUAUUAUUCUCAAUAUUUAAACGGAGAUGUACAUAUAAGGAAAAAAAGAAAAAGAAAAAAAAAAAAAAGAAAGAUGACAUUCAUAUGUUUAUAAAAAAAAAAAAAAAAAAAAAAAUGUCGGUUUUCUCUUCUCUCAAUGAAAUUCCUCUGAGAGUUCGAGACUUCGAGAAUUCGCGAGUUUAAAACCCAAGGUGUUCGAAAAAAAGAAACAAAAAAAAAAAUAAGGAAAAACAAAAAAGACAAUAUGAUGUUUGUAAUAACAUUUGCAAUCGAUCGAAUAAGAGAAACACUGAUAUUUAAUAAGGAAGUCUAAUAUUUUCUUUUAGUCGUUCGAAUUUGCAAAUGAUUAAUGUAUGAACGAAUGAGAGAGAGAGAGAGAGAGAGAGAGAGAGAGAGAGAAAGAGAGAGAGAAAUUUUGAU